CCGGUAUGUCUAAGUUGGAGGUUUGUUGGGGGACUUUGGUGGUCACAAUGGGAUUGAAUACUAGAAGUUAUGAAUGUAAUCAUAUCUCCUUUCAUAUAAUUUCCCUACUCCCAGACUCAAGCUGUUAUUUCCACAUUAUUGGCUCUUAUAACUGGUUAUUGUUAUUUUUCUUCAUAUCUCUGGCCAAUAUAUCUUCCGAAUUCAAAUUCUGGAUUCUGAGAACUUCGCGCGAGCCUAAUCGUGAGUUUUGUGAGAACUGUGUUCUACAGGUCAGCCGGCAAGAAGCAAAACGGUACUUUGUCUCAGCAGCCUCUGUCGAAGCUAAGUAAACUUUCUUUCUAAAUAAAGCUUCGUGUGUCUGUGUAACACCGUAUUCGUGACGUUGUCUAUACAACUCUCGCAUGGAAUGCUAUGGUUUCCACAGUUGUUCUGCAGGCUCUCUACCUUCUGCUUUUGGAAAUAGAAUACUUUGUUUAGGAUCAAGAGACUGAAGGUAAGAAUAGUGGUGGUUUACGUAGAGAUGAUUAUAACAAGU